CGAUCUGUUGCUGUUCAGGGAAUCGCUCCGACCUCUCACUUUCGCGGUGCUUUUUGGAGUUGAGAGGGGGGAAAGGCGUGUCCCUGAGUCAUGCAUAUAAUAGCGAGGCGGGCAGCAGCAAACUUUGGUUCUCCACUCGUCAGCUCUCUGUACACCAGCAGACUCAGCUACAGCCGCGCACUGUCCACUAUGGCCGAUUCCUCCGCUCAACAAGUAGUAUUCAACAAGCCCAAGAUUGAGCUGCAUGUGCACCUCGAUGGAGCCAUCAGGGUGCAGACCAUUAUGGAUGUUGCCAAGAGGCGUGGCAUCCCUCUGCCAGCAGAUACUGUGGAAGAGAUGAAGCAGAGGAUUAUUCUUCAUGAGCCUGGCACCCUCACUAGCUUCUUGGAGAAGUUUAAUGAGUACAUGCACGUGGUUGCUGGAGACCGAGAGGCCAUUAAGAGGAUAGCCUAUGAGUUUGUCGAAGACAAAGCAAAUGAAGGAGUGGUUUACGUUGAGGUCAGAUACAGCCCACAUUUUCUAGCUAACAGUGGUGUGGAUCCAAUUCCAUGGAACCAGAACGAGGGCGACUUGACUCCAGAUGAGGUGGUGAGCCUGGUUAACCAGGGUCUCAGCGAGGGGGAAAGGAAAUUCAAUAUCAAAGCCAGGUCCAUUCUAUGCUGCAUGCGCCACAUGCCAAACUGGUCAAAGGAUGUUGUGGAGCUGUGUAAGAAAUAUCAGCAUGAGGGAGUGGUUGCCAUUGAUUUGGCAGGUGAUGAAUCACUCAACUGUCAAACCAAUCCAGAACACAGGAAGGCCUACGAGGAAGCAGUGCGUUGUGGGAUCCACAGGACUGUUCAUGCUGGCGAGGUGGGCCCAUCAUCUGUGGUGAAGGAGGCUGUGGAAGUGCUGAAAGCUGAACGCAUUGGGCACGGUUACCACACUCUGGAUGACCCGGUCCUCUACCAAAAACUGCUGGAUCAAAAAAUGCACUUUGAGACAUGUCCCAUUUCCAGUAAGCUAACAGGUGCCUGUUGCUCUGACUUCACCAAACACCCCAUCAUUACGUUUAUGAAGGAUGAAGCGAACUACUCUCUGAACACAGAUGACCCUCUGAUCUUCAACUCUCACCUGAACCUCGACUACAAUACAGCGCACAAAGACAUGGGAUUCACAGAGCAGGAAUUCAAACGACUGAACAUUUGCUCUGCACAGUCGUGCUUUCUACCUGACAAUGAAAAGGAAGAGCUCCUCAACAAACUCUAUGAGGCCUAUGGGAUGUUGCAGAGCACUGCCUUUUAAACCCGACCAGCGGAUCUGAGGAUAAACCUAACGCAGGGACAAAUCACUCACAGACCUUAAUCUCCCAUCCGAUGCAGUGGGAGAUGUUUUUAGUCAUUUUUAACCCAACAUACAUAUUGAAUAUUACAUCAGAUAUGCUGUUUUUUAAAGGUUAAAAAUCUUCACUUUACAUACCUGUAUAUCAUCUGUUUGUGUGUUUGAGUACAAGGUACAAGCAAAACGUUUUGGUACUCAAAUCAAAAACCAUAUGAUUUAAAUUUGGCUGCAUUUUUUUUUUCUUGUGCACCUCCAGACCUCUUUCAGCACAGCUGCUGUUUUUGCAUUGUUCCAUAAAAGUCCCAUUGUGUCCCCUUUCACCACAGACCUCCACCAGAGGGAAAACAUUAGCUGUAAUGGUACAUGUGGCAAUAAAGGCCACAUGCGGCAAUAAAAACCAGCCCUGUUUACCAGAUUUGGCUCCCUGCAACUUCAUCUACGUCGCCAAAAUGAAAGAAUCCAACUGAGGUUGUUCAGGGUUUCUGUCCAGGGUGCCUCCUAGGUAAGGUGUUUUGGACAGAUAUCCCAGGGCGGGCUCAGGAAACACCAGAGAGAUGGUCUUUCAACUGGCUUAGGAAAGUCUCAGUAGGGGUAGGAGGAGCACACUGAAGUGGUAGAAGGGCAAGAGGAUAAAAUGAGACAUCUAUGAAGCAAUCUUUAAAAAAAAAAAAAAAAAAAAAAAAAGCAGCUGUACUUUAAGUGGUGAGGAGAUGCAUAAGCUGAUAACCAUGAAGGAGAGAAUAGCCAAAUGGACACAUGGUUUUUGGGGCGGAUUUUAGAAUUAUUUUAAAAUCAUACUUAGCAUUUGCAUAGCUUUAAUGUGUUAGUUAAGGGUGCUUUUUUUGGACAAAGUUAGGGUCUUCUGCAGUGUCCAGAUCAGAACUUCUUGACCUUCAUCUUGUGUUUACGUCCUUUUGUAGUAAGGAGAUUCAGGGAAGCUUUGAAUGUACCAUUACACUCAUGAAGUAACAGGUUUAACACAUAACCAGACUGAAAAUGAAAAAGUAGGUGGAGGUUGUUUGUAGUUCACAUCUGUCACAGCUAAAUCAUUCAAGUGUCCUCUGAAACCAUGAUGUGAAGCAUAACUGGAAGCAGCGGAUGCUAAUGACUACCUACGAGAAACUAGAGUUCACUUUGAAUAUCCACUGUUCAGGUGUAGGUGAAGCGCAGCAAUCCAGCGUUGGAGACACACGUGCUUUUUGCCCUCCACGUGAAAAACUGCAUCAGGUGAAAACAGCUCAAUACCAAAAGUUUAGUCUUACAUAUGAACACUAGGUGGCACACUACCAUCACCUAGAUGGACAGACCAGUGGUUUUGCAUUUGAUUACGUUUUUCUUUUUUUGGAUGUAUGUAUUUAUUUAAAAUAUUUUUCAAUUUCACUUAAUAA